AUGCAACGGGGAAGCGAGCUUUCGUCUGAGGAUUUGGUGUCACUGGAGCUGCCAGCAACUUCCUUGCCUGUGAUCUCGGAGCAUCCUGAGUACCAUCACGAGAUGUCACUGUUGGAUGAGAUGCAGCAGCAGCAGAUGCAGGAGCUGCAAAGACUUCAGCAGCAGUGGCAGCACGAACAAGAACAGCUUCAGCAGAAGCUACAGGAAACGCUUUGGCUGCCCGAGGAGCGGAGAUGCGAAAAGCCGCUGCAAGACGACGAGGAGUCGACGCUCGAGCUCCCGGCAGAGACCUGCCUUCAACUUGCGCCGCCUCUGCGACAGGACCAGAACGAGCCGGAGCCAGCGCAGCUCUCGCAGGAGCCCGAGCCCGAGAAGCAGAGACAUCAGAGAGCAGACGCGCCUGCAGAGACGCUGCCGCAUGCCGAAGCCAUGGCUGAAGCCAAUGCCGACGGUGAAGUCUUCACAGAGCAAGAGACUGACACGGUCGAGAGAGUGCGGUCGGGGCUUGAACACCUGGAUGCCGCACUUGCCGCCUUACAGAAAUCUUAUCGAUCCUCGCACCACUCUGCCUACGAGCAGCACACAAGCUUUCUGGACAAGAUCAGCCAGUUCGAUCAGCGCUGCCUUGCUCUUGCCGCUAACCUGAACCAGUAUUUCGCCUCUCGAUGUUUUAUUAUCUGA